AUGCCAACAUCCUGUGCACUGCAAGAUGUACGCGCCAACAUGAAUGCAUUGAACGACUGGCUCGCUGCUCAAGAUGCCGACAUCUGUGCACUGCAAGAUGUACGCGCCAACAUGGAGGCAGUUCAAAAUCAAAUGAAGGUCAUGCAACAGGAGUCGGUGACCCGCGAUGAGACAGUCCGGCAGGCUCAGGCGCAAUUGGCCCGGCAAGAACAAGCCACCGCCAUCCUUCAGGACUGCCUACAACGCUCUUCGCCAUUGUGUACUCAGUCAAAACCAUACAGUGGCAAUCAUAGUGCUUCUGCCAUGGGAGGCCCAUCAGUAGGCAAUGUCACCGGUGGUUCUGGCUGGAAUGGAGCUGGCGGUCUCUCUGCCAGUCGAUCUCACAAUCAGAUUGCUGGCAGUUCUCGCGCAGGUGCACAGUGCCUUUGGCAAGUCGGCAUUGGGCAGGGGCCCCCAGAACUAGACAUUUAUUUUCAUUACAUUGCACAAAACCCGAUCAUGAAGAAAACCUCCAUUCCUGAUAUCUGCCGGACCGUCAAAUCCUCCUUGAUCGGCCUGCAGUUGUUUGUGAUAAGUUUGGUGUCAUCAUCCUCUGGUAUCUCCCCUGGAGCUAUCGAUAUAGACAUACAGAAUGACAUGGCGGCGGCGACUGCGAAUAUGGCAUCAUUAGCAACACAGCUGGCCCUUGGCCUCAGGGCAGCAGAAAAGAAAUUGGAUGAAAUGGGUGCUCGCCUCAGAGAGUGGGCAUCUGUAUUCACAGCUGUCGCCAUUUCCCGUCCCCAAUGGUUCAAUGUCAUGACUAGCGUCGGCAAUUAUGGAGCGGCAAGGAUGAAGAUGCCGAAUAUAGGGAUUGAAAUUGUCUAUGGUCCAGGCGCCAUGGCUGUUGGUUCAGGGAGAAUUAUCAGGCAUGGGGUGGAUAUGGACACCGGCCUGAAUAGCCUGGGUGUGGUAUAUGAGGGAUGA